AUGUUUUAUAAAAUGUUAUUGUGGCUUUUCGCGAUUGCGAGUUAUUUUGCUGGUUUUUCAAGUAGCUACGAAAUGAAUAUGACGAGAUACUUCAAAAUGCCAGACCUUUAUGAUUUCGAUGAUUAUGAUCGUUGUUUACAAGAAUUCAAGCAUCGAGAGACAUAUUGUUUUGUGCGCGCUGAGGUGCUGCCGCAAGAAAACUCGGAGGUAUGGCAAACCAUUGCUGAGAUAUCGAAAUACAACAAACAUCACUUUAAUCAUCGGCAUCUGUAUUAUGGCUUAUGUUUGCGCUGGUGUGAAGAGGAUUUAAUGGAAGCUGGGGCCGAUGUGGUCAAAGAACUUUAUGCUGGAUUACUCACCAACAACACAAAGCUCAACACAUACGUGGGUUUAUUCACCGCGGAGGAGUCCAAUCGUAUACAAUAUAAUACUAUAUUGAAUCAAUGUAUAAACUUGAAAUUAGCACAAACAUAUGGACUAAAAGCUGUCAGUAUGAUUGAAUAUUGCGAAACCAACCAUAAAGUUGUCGAAAUGGACACGUGGAACCUGACAUUCUAUGCCAUCACUUUUGUGCUGAUUUUGUUAGUUGCCAGCAGCAGUUUAUUUGAUUUCUAUCUCAAGCAUAGGCCUAGCGACAAAGAAAUCUCAAAGGAGGGUCACUACAAAAACGCAGUCACAGGCAGAGGCAACAGAUUCUGUGUCAGCUUUUCAAUAGCGCGCAAUUGGUAUCGCUUAAAUCAGGAACCAGUUGGCAAAUUGGGACGUGAUCUACGCUUUCUUGAUUGCUUCAAAUUUUUCUCUAUGUUCCUGGUGGUUUUCGCUCACACAAACUGGAUUCUGUAUGAGGGCGCCUUGAGCAAUCCCCAGGAUGUUGAACGAUUGUUGCAUACCCUUGCAGGCACUUUGCUAAUAUCCGGUGGUUUAAUUACGAUCACUUUUUUCGUCUUUAGUGGCUUAUUGUUGACUAUAAAUUGGCUGGCAUUUACAAAAAUCAAAAACGAUUUGAGCACCAUGGAAUAUGUGGAGGCUUUUAUUAAGUUUAAUAUAUUCCGUUAUUUGCGAUUGACCAUACCAUAUGGGUUUGCUAUUUUAUUGAGUGGUGUGUAUUUUGAAAAUCCCGGUGGACCACUUUGGCGUCACAUUUUUGAACGUGAGCAGCUCGCUUGUCGUAAGAAUUGGUGGGCCAAUUUACUGUAUAUCAAUAAUUAUUAUCGCAACGAUGAGAAGUGCAUGCUUCAGAGUUGGUAUUUGGCGUCCGACACUUUUUCGUUUAUACUUUCGUUGCUCGUACUAAUGAUCGCACACAAGUGGCCUCACUUACGAAACUGGAUUUUCGGUUGCGUUGGCAGCUUCUUUUUUGUUCUGCCCGGUUUUGUAGCAUAUUUCGGGAACUAUGAUCCCUUUUUUGUGCCUUCACCGCAAACACAAAAGGACUCCUUCAUAGACGAUCGCGAAUUCAGCGAAUUAUAUGCGCCAUUCCAUAUGAAUUUCUGUUGCUAUUUCUGUGGUGUACUGUCCGCUAUAGCCUACGAUGAAAUGUCUAAGAAACAAUUCAAAUUGCAUAAAAGCAAGUUGUUUCAAUGCCUUUGGUAUGCCCUCAUUCCAGUUGGUAUUCUAUGGCUGUUUUCGUCUCAUCCUAUUUACCAACAUUACUACGAGGAGCAGUCACUUUUCUGGAAUAGUGUCUAUGCCGCCAUACAACGCAACACUUGGGCAAUUGGUUUGAGCGUCUUUGUUGUGGGCAUGGCCGGUAAAGUGGGAGGUUUGUUCCGCAAGUUCUCUUGUUUGCCUAUUUUCCGUAUUUUGGGACGUCUCACCUAUGGCGCUUUCGUGAUACACAUUUUUGUGGCACGCAUCGUAUUGAGCACUUUGAGAACACCGCUUUUCUUUGCGCCUGGCAUUAUGUUUUCUUUCAUACUUUCCACUCUGGUGGGUUCUUAUUUGCUCUCGCUGGUGUUGGCUAUUUUGAUUGAAUUACCUACAUCUGCCUUGCUGAAACUUAUGCGUUAAGUUCAUGUAUGGAAUAAGAGAAGAAAAGAGCUGAUUGCCACAAUUACCCGGAGAAUGUAAAAAUCAUUGCCAGGAAUUUCGUUUUUAAAGACUUAUAAAUAUAAUUCAAAAAAAUUUCAACGCUCAUCGCAUGAGUAUACCGCCUUCUUCUAGGAAUAAGUUUUA